AUGGCCGAUAACAGGGCCACGGUUGCCUCUGGCGCCGACGCGAAUGGCCAGGCCCUGCGCCAGCGUAAUGUGCCCACCUCGGCCACACAGGGAGCUGUAGUGCAGCCCGAGCUCGACGAGAAGAAGAUCCACGGCAAGAAGAAGGAGCCGUCCUUCCUCGAGAUCCUUGACGAAUGGGAGUUCAUCAUUGCCCCCGUCAUCUUUACUGCCCUCGCCUUCUUCACUCGCCUGUGGAAGAUCGGCCUCAGCAACAUCGUGACCUGGGACGAGGCUCACUUUGGCAAGUUCGGUUCGCACUACAUCAAGCGGGAGCUCUUCUUCGACGUGCACCCUCCCCUCGGCAAGAUCCUGGUCGGCGUCUCUGGCGUCCUGGCCGGCUACAAUGGUUCCUUCGAGUUCAAGUCGGGCGAGACCUACCCCGAGGAGCUCAACUACACCUUCAUGCGCGCCUUCAACGCCUUCUGGGGCAUCCUCUGCAUUCCCCUGGCCUACUACACGGCUCGCGAACUGAACCUCAAGCGUCCCGCCGUCUGGCUGGUUACCCUGAUGGUCCUGUGUGAGAACUCGUACACCACCAUCAGCCGUUUCAUCCUGCUCGACUCCAUGCUUCUGUUUGGUACCGUUGCCACCGUCUUCUGCUGGUCCAAGUUCCAUGGGCUACAGAAGUGGAGCUUCGAUCCCGAGUGGUUCUUCUGGCUGUUCAUGACCGGCCUCAGCUUGGGUUUUGUCUGCAGCAUUAAGCUUGUCGGCCUGUUUGUCACCGCGCUGGUUGGAAUCUACACCAUUGAGGAUCUGUGGCACAAGUUUGGCGACACCAAGAUGCCCAUUCCUGAGCUUGCUGCCCACGUUGCUGCUCGAGUGACUGGGCUGAUUGUCAUUCCCUUCCUUGUCUACCUGCUGUCCUUUGCUCUCCACUUCGCCAUUCUUACUCGAAGUGGCCCUGGUGAUGCCCAGAUGAGCUCGCUCUUCCAAGCCAACCUGGAGGGCAGCGAGAUCGGCCGCAACUCUCCGCUCGAGCUCGCCAUCGGAUCCAAGGUGACCCUCAAGAACAUGGGAUACGGUGGUGGUCUUCUGCACAGUCACGUUCAGACCUACCCUGACGGCUCAAACCAGCAACAGGUGACUUGCUACCACCACAAGGAUGCCAACAACGAAUGGUGGUUCUACCCUAACCGCGCAGAGCCCGAUUACAACCCUGAGGCUGAGCCCAGAAUGCUUGGCAACGGCGACACUAUCCGCCUGAUCCACACUCAGACCGGCCGUAACCUGCACUCCCACGAUAUCCCUGCCCCUGUCACCAAGAGCCAGAAGGAAGUCUCGUGCUACGGCAACUUGACCGUGGGCGACGACAAGGACCACUGGCAGAUUGAGGUAGUCAAGGAUGUUUCCUCUCGCGACAAGUCCCGAAUCCGAACUUUGACUACUGCUUUCCGCCUGAAGCACCCCUCGAUGGGCUGCUAUCUGCGUGCCGGCAACGUGAACCUGCCUCAGUGGGGUUUCAAGCAGAUCGAAGUUACUUGUGACAAGAGCAACAACCCCAAGGACGCCUACACGCACUGGAACAUCGAGGCGCACACCAACGAGAAGUUGCCCCCUGGUGACCCUGGCAAGUAUAAGUCGCCUUUCUUCCACGACUUCAUCCACCUGAACGUUGCCAUGAUGACAUCCAACAACGCGCUUGUUCCGGAUCCCGACAAACAGGAUGAUCUUGCUUCUCAAUGGUGGCAGUGGCCCAUUCUCAACGUCGGUCUGCGUAUGUGUGGUUGGGAUGACAAGAUCGUCAAGUACUUCCUCCUGGGCAACCCUUUCGUCUACUGGGCAUCGACUGCCUCCCUCGGUGUCAUUGGGUUGAUCACCGUGUGGUACAUUCUUCGAUGGCAGCGAGGCUUCAGGGACUUGUCUCAAGCCGAGAUUGACCAGAUUCAUUACGCUGGUCUGUACCCGAUCCUUGGGUGGUUCCUCCACUACCUGCCCUUUGUCGUCAUGGCGCGUGUCACCUACGUGCACCACUACUACCCUGCGCUCUACUUUGCCAUCCUCAGUCUCGGAUUCCUCGUCGACUUCACGCUUCGCAACCAGAAGCAGCUCGUCCAAAGCGUGGUAUACGGUACCCUGUACACGGUCAUCAUCGGCCUGUACGUCUACUUUAUGCCGAUCUGCUGGGGCAUGACCGGCUCCAACAAGGACUACAGCUACAUGAAGUGGUUCGACACGUGGCGUAUGUCUGACUAA